ACACCUACAGCGGAGAAUUUUUCCAGAUCGGAUCUAUGUUUACCAGCGUGGUUCCAUCUACGCUGAACAUGGCGUUGAAACUGCUAUAUUUUCGUUUAUUUUUCUUUGUUCAGGCGUAAGAUCUAUCAACAUCGAACUGGCCUGGUUACAGAUAUCUCCUGUCUGUCUUGAUCGUUACUAUACAGACACUUGUACUAUAGUAUAUUCUACCAGGAACACUGAAAUAGUCAUUUUCUGAUACCUUUCAACAAUGGCUUCUGACAAGCCUUUUGACGCACAAGUUCUCAUCAUUGGCGGCGGGCUCGGCGGCCUCACCCUCGCUACAAUCUGCAAGAAGACCGGUAUCUCUGUCAAGGUCCUCGAGCGCAGCAAGCAAGUCAGUCCUGCGGGGGCUGGAAUAUCUCUCGCGCCUAAUGCGCUGCGUGUACUGGAUCAACUGGGUCUUUACAGUGAUAUCCUAGAGGAAGGCCAGCCCCUCAAGAAGAUCCAAGUCCAUCGCAACACUACCAAGUGGAGUGAAAUCGACUUCCAGUGGACGGAGCAGGUGUUUGGAUAUCCUGUUAUCUCGAUCGAGAGACAUCACUUUCACCAUCUGCUCUAUAAUGCUGCCGGGGGCUCCGAGACUGUUCUUCUCGACGCUGAUGUGACUGACAUCGUCGAGUUUGGCGAUGAGAAACAGCAAGGCGUACGUGUCAAGCUCGCUGAUGGCCGCGAAUUCACCGGUGAGGUGGCUGUCGGCGCAGAUGGUAUUCGAUCCGUGACCAGAAGGAUUCUUGCCCGGCAAGCGGGCUUGGAUUCUAUCAACUCCAUUCGAUUCACAGGUCGUGUGCACAUGUCGGGUUACACUGCGCCGAUUGAGAAUCUAGGACCAGCGGAGCUUGGGGUCGGAAAUUGGCUACUGUACGACAAUUCGAUCCUCACGACAUGGCCGUGCAAAGACAACAGGCAAUGGUUUAUCGGUGUCAAGGCUUCCGAGCUUAAGCAAGCCGACCGAUCAGUCUGGAAAGGCGCCACGAGAGAUACCAUCAAUGAUGUCUACGGAGAUCACUUCCACCCUUUUGCAAAGUCGGGACAUUUCCGUGACAUCGUCAAUCGCUCGGAGCGCGUGGUCGCAAGCGAUGUCUUUGAAGAGACAGACUUCCCUUCGAUGUCAUACGGUCGUGUAGCCUUGUUAGGUGACGCUGCGCAUUCAAUGACUUCGUUCUUCGGCCAGGGUGCUUGUCAAGCUAUCGAAGAUGCUACGGAACUAGGAAAUAUUCUGCAUGCAUACUUCACAAACAAGCAAACAGCAAAGAAUAUCGGCGCGCAAUCUCCGCGCCUUGAGGAUGCACUUGGAGAAUACUGCACCAAACGCGAGGGCCGCGCUAAGGAUCUAGUUACUUUCUCGAGCAACUACGCCAAGGUGCACAUGGCGCGACUGCCCUAUGGUUUGGGCCCUUUUGUGCGCAAGUUCGUUUAUGCCUACAUGCCGAUCUGGGGCUGGCGAUGGGCGUUAGAAUGGCUGUACGGUUAUCAGCCGAUGAUCGACGCUUUGCUCGAAUGGCCUAAUGGAAAGGCUAAGGCUUAGGACCUAGGCGGGCCGAAGUAAGAUGCGGAGAGUAUGUGUGAGAAUGUUAUUGUGGUGAGCGUAUUUAGGAGGCAAUUGCCCAAUGAUUAUUUCAAAUUGUUGGUCUAUGUUUAGAAUAGAAUAGAAUUCUCUCCAUGUUCUUGAAAUUUGACUUUUUGAGAAGCUCCAGCAUAGCCUUGGAACUGAGUAUUCAAUAUCAAUAGUUGCAACAUGGAGGCUGUCUUUCAUAUCUCUGUGCCUUAGGCUUAUUUUAGAAAAGUUAGAGAAGUCAUUCAUAUUUCGGCCUCUAUUUUACUUAGCCAACUCAAUUGAUAUCGACAGUGG